GCGGUGUCGGGCUGGUAUCCAUUCAGACUAUCGUGUUGUGUAGGCCUCGGCUUUGACUAAGUAUUGGUGUACUUAAAAUAACGUAAAAGAUUGAGGUUAAUUUUGAAUGUUGACCCACCUGACUUUAAACUUAACGUUUUGGUUUUAUCUUAACGCUACUCGUAUUUAUUGAAAUAAUCAGUGAGACACUGAGCCCUAAGAUUACCAUCAAGGGCAAAAAGGCAGUAAGCUUAGCUUUUCAGUGUUUGCCACUGUCGAUGCUGGAGCAGUUCUCAUCAGAGCCCUGCUUUGUUUUUUGGAUUAGAGUCCUUCUACUGGAAAUAACUGCUUCAACCUCAUAGUUAUUCUCUUUCCCUUUAUGCAUAACGUCUCUUCUUUUGGCAUUUUGUUCAAAGAAAAUUGGCUUGAAUUUGAGGAGGAGUCUCUUGUAUCGUCAAAAUGGUUGAAGCAGAUCGUCCCGGGAAACUGUUCAUCGGAGGCCUGAACACAGAGACAAAUGAGAAAGCCCUCGAGGCUGUAUUUGGCAAAUAUGGACGCAUUGUGGAAGUCCUCCUGAUGAAAGAUCGUGAAACCAACAAGUCAAGAGGAUUUGCUUUUGUAACGUUUGAGAGUCCAGCAGAUGCUAAAGAUGCUGCCAGAGACAUGAAUGGAAAGUCAUUAGAUGGGAAAGCAAUUAAAGUGGAACAAGCAACCAAGCCAUCCUUUGAAAGUGGUGGUAGGCGUGGGCCACCACCCCCUCCACGAAGCAGAGGUCCUCCCAGGGGCCUUAGAGGUGGAAGAGGCGGAAGUGGCGCGAGAGGACCACCUUCAAGAGGGAGUCACUUGGGGUCUUCUCGAGGGCCUCUUCCCAUGAAGAGAGGUCCACCUCCACGAAGUGGAGGCCCUCCACCUAAAAGAUCUGCACCUUCGGGACCAGUGCGUAGCAGUAGCAUGGGAGGAAGAGCUCCUGUGUCACGUGGAAGAGACAGUUACGGUGGUCCUCCACGCAGAGAACCAAUGCCGUCACGAAGAGAUGUCUACAUGUCUCCAAGAGAUGAUGGCUAUAGCACUAAAGAUGGUUACUCGAGCAGAGAUUACCCCAGUUCCAGGGACACACGGGACUAUGCACCACCUCCGCGUGACUAUGCGUAUCGUGAUUAUGGUCAUUCCAGUUCACGUGAUGAAUACCCCUCCAGGGGCUAUAGUCUUUCCUCUUACAGCGAUCGUGAUGGAUACGGUGGUGGACGUGACAGAGACUACUCAGAUCAUCCAAGUGGAGGUUCCUACAGAGAUUCGUAUGAGAGUUAUGGUAACUCACGUAGUGCUCCACCUGCACGAGGGCCCCCGCCAUCUUAUGGUGGAAGCAGUCGAUAUGAUGAUUACGGCAGCACACGUGAUGGAUAUGGAAGCCGAGAAAGUUACUCAAGCAGCAGAAGUGAUGUCUACUCAAGUGGCCGUGAUCGUGUUGGAAGACAAGACAGGGGUCUUCCCCCAUCCAUGGAAAGGGGCUAUCCACCUCCUCGUGAUUCAUACAGUAGUUCAAGCCGCGGAGCACCCAGAGGUGGUGGCCGUGGCGGAAGCAGAUCUGACAGAGGUGGAGGCAGAAGCAGAUACUAAAAACACUCUUAACUUUUUUUGGACCAAGACAUUACUUCUCAAACAAAUUAAAAAAAAGUGGAAGUUCUAUCUUUACUACCAGAGGACUACUAAAAGGAAAAGUUGUUUUUACCUUUUUUUAUUGUUGCCUGUUAAGUUUUCCCCUCCAUGACUUUUAUGCUUUUGUGAAGAAAAGUUAAACCAGUGUUUAAUUUCAUUUCAGAAUUGUUAACAUUUCUUUCAAAAGGCAGAUGUUAAAUGUAUAAAAUUUGAGCUGUGUACUAGUGUUGUAAUUUCCAAAGUAAAGUUUCCCUGAAAUGCCACACUUCCCAUCUGACUUUCCUCGUGAACGGAACAAGCAGUUCUUAAGAUCUUCCACAUAACAUCCAACUAUCUAAUAUGGAGCUGGAUUGUUCUACAUAUUCAGCAUCUCAUUCUUAAAGUAUUGUUUGUGAUGUGGAGGGUGGUGGGGAUGUUCCACAAAAAAGUUCAUUUUUGUCUAGAAUUUCAAGUCAGUGUUCCCUGAAGUCAGUGUUCCCAGUAGAAAAUGCCUUCAGAUCCUUGUGUUUAAAAAAAAAAAAAAGUCACUCCACCUGAAAAAACACGUGGAUAAUACUAUUUUUUGCCUUCCUCCUGUUUCAUGGGGAGUUUAAAAAGUUCUCCCCAUCAAAUGAACCAUGUACAUGUAAGUCAGCUACAGUAUACUGUUUAAAAAAAAAUUAAAAAAAAAAUAAAAAAGUUUGACCAAUUCAUCAAAGAAGCUACAAAGCCAUGCUUACUCAUACUGUUUCAAAUUUUUGCAACUCUGUAGUGUUUCACUUUUAAAGGAACAUCUUUGAUUCCAAAGGAGAAAAUAAGAUAAGCAAAGAAGUCUUUCUCUCCAACUUCUCAAAGGCUUAUGGCUUCCUAAAAACAAGUGAAACUUUCAGCAUUCCACAGCUGAUUUAAAGCAACAAAUGCCUGUGAAACAGCAAAGAUGGUAAGCAAAGCAAACUAGUUUUUCAGUCUAAGUCAAAAUUGAACCAAGUUUCUUCCUCUAGUACGGUAAAACAAGCUGCACGUCAUGGCAAUGGAAGUGCUGUCUAGAUUUAAAAAAAUAAGGAAAUGAAAUACUUCAAUACAUUAGAAGUUCUCAAAAUUCAACAUUUCUUCUUGGAUAAAAGAGUUUAUGGCACCAGUUUUGAAACUAAAGAUAAGAAUGCAGCUCGCUGUAGACAGAAUACUGUGAAGUAGGGUUGGGAGGGGGUAUUUUGUGCCCAGUAUCUCAGUGAAGAUGCUCAAACAGACUGCGUGUACUGUUACUUUAAGAAAAUUAAAAGACUUGUGAAAUCAGGAAUUGGUUUAGGUUGACAGAUACCGUCUCAGCUAUUGGGAGUUUGAAGCAAGCCAUUGCGAACUUGACAUUUAGUUGGAUGCCUGACUGUUCAGUUUUGACACAGCAUUACAGGGAUACCUGGUACAUGUGGCAGAACCUGUGACGAGUUAAGACUCAGGUAAAGCCAUGAAGUUCAAAUGAUGCUCUUGAAUAUAGUAUACGUGAAGACCUCCAACUAAAAGCAAAACCAAAGCUUUUUACUUCUGUUUAGUCCUCAGUAUGUUUGGUCGUUCAACUUAUGGAUUUAACAUGGCAGUGCACCAUUGAAAAGGAAUGAGAAUCCAUAAGCCAUGCAACCAGUCACUAAGUCAUUCCAGUCCAUUCCAGACCAGUGAAUCCUCCACCACUUAAAAGAGAAGUAGUAAAACUUGAAACAGACUAAUCUGCAAACCCAAGCUUGUGACUCUUGAAAUGGGGGGAAGUGCUAUAGAUGGACUCGUGCAGUAAAAUGUAUUUUUCUCAGCUUGCUUUAUUUUGAUUACAGGAUGAUAACUUCUGGAAGAUGCUUCGGAAGUAAAGCAGCUUCGUCUGGUUUGGUGGCAGAGAUGAGUGAUGCCUGUACUGAUAGAUCAGACUAGAAGAAGGCAGUGCAGCAAUGGAUAUGCACUGGAAAAAUGAAGAACAACAAAAUGCAGCUGGCAAAAGUUGACUUUUGAGUGUGGUGUCACCCAGUAUCUGUUUCAGAGAGUUGUGUUACUAUUUAAGGAAUUUUCUUUGAAAGUAGCCCAUCUGAUCUCUUACAUCCAAGUGUUUCUUAGAUGAAAAUCAGUUGUCUCCUGUAGCUUACAUCUUCCAAGAGCCAGGAGUCUUAUUUCUAUGCAGUAAACAUGCAUCAGUAAAUUCUGAAGCAGAAAAAUACUCAGGGUUCCUCUUUACACGCAUUGCUUUUCCUCUUCCCUAAAAGAAGAGCCAGUUAUAGGAAAGUGAGUUAUAGUCCUCUAAAAUGCAGAGGACUAAAUAGCUCCAAAUUCUUCCUCACCAAGAGACCAGCAGGAGUUUUACAGUAUUGUUACUUGAAAAUUUCCUAAUUGUCCUAGCCUUGUGGAUUAGAGGAAGAAGGCAUUGAUGUAGUGAGGCAGUACAAGUGAUGAGUUACCAGAAUGAUCAGUGGUCUUAUGUUUACUAGGUUCUUAGAAAGCUCCAGCAGGUGCCAGCAGUGUACAUCCUAACAAGUGCACAAUUCCAUAGAAACAAGAUGUUUUCUUCAAAAUACUGCCUCGGUUUUGAUGUGUUUUUAACCUAUCUGUGUGCUGAUUUGCCAGCACACACGAGAGUAAUGCUCAGACAUGAGUACUUGAUACAGAAAACUAACCAGAUUGGCAGAGGUACUUAGUUAAGGCUUAUAAAAUUUAUACUAUUUCUACAGUAGACAUAAAUGUAAAUACCUCUCGGUUUUUCAGUGAGUAACUAAUAAAGAAAAAGCAUGUGUACCCUUUCAAGGACGUUAAAGCUAUGUCUGUUUUUUGGGUUAAGAGUAUCACUUUCAACUUCAGCUAAAAAUUGCAGAUACUAUGAGUAAAUUGCCUCUAAAUAGGAAAAUGGAUAAAACUGCAGUAUUUUCCAGCGUUAAUAAAUGAGUUGUUAAAUAAAA